AGAAGGUGUUGAAAGUAAACAUUAAGUCUGGAAUUAAACCGAUCGGUGUGUGUGUGUGUGUGUGAGUGAGUGUGAGUGAGUGAGUGAGAGAGAGAGGGAGGGAGGGAGAGAGGGAGAGAUUAUUAACAGUGAUAAACCACACGGACAGAUAACAGACCGACCGGACUGACCAGAAGUAGAGCCAUGAGGUGACAGGAGUUAUUUAAAGCAGGAGCUGGAGCUCGCACUCACACUCGCACUCACACACACACACACACACAGACAGAGGAGGACACACACAGGACCGGUGUCUCACACGGAUUGAAGGUUGGUGGAGAUGUGGUGGUUUCAGGAGGGGUUGUGUAUUCUGCCCGUGUUACUGGUCACUUGGACAGCAGCUACAUUUGUAUUUGCUUACAUCACAGCGGUGGAGCUGAGACACGUCGACCCCUUCGUCCCCUACAUCAGUGACACAGGAACAGUUCCUCCUGAGAGGUGUGUGUUUGGGAUCAUGCUCAGCGUCUCGGCGUUUCUCGGCAUAGCCACCAUGUAUGUACGUUAUAAGCAAGUGGAGGCUCUUACUGAUCAGGGAGAAAAGCAUCUCCUGAAGCUCAACUCUGUGGGCUUUGUGCUAGGUUGCAUCAGUUCCUUUGGCAUGUGUGUCGUGGCAAACUUCCAGAAGACCACAGUGUUCUCGAUGCACCUGGUGGGUGCAGUGCUGACGUUUGGCGUGGGCGCGCUCUACAUCCUGACACACGCGCUGGUUUCGUACCGCAUGCAGCCUCACAUACACACCAAACAAGUCUUCUGGAUUCGACUGGUCAUCGGCCUCUGGACCUUGAGCAGCAUCAUCAGCAUGUUUGUGUCCUCAGUGAUUCUGUACAGCAGCCUGCCAGGGGUAGAGGUGAACAAAAAACUCCACUGGAACCCCGGAGAACCCGGCUACAUGGCUCACAUGGUGAGCACGGUCUCUGAGUGGUCUCUGGCUUUUUCCUUCAUUAGCUUCUUUCUCACCUACAUCAGAGACUUUCAGAAGAUCAACCUGAGAGCAGAGGUGGAUCUUCAGAGCAGUAAUUUGCAUGACUCCACCCAUUUUGGUUCGACAUGGGUCCCUGGAGAGACGUCCCCCUUACUGGCUGGAUCCAUCUAAACACACCUCUCACAGUCCACCACACAGACACACACACACACUAAGUUCAUGAGUGUAAUGAGAGUGGAAUUGAAGAGUGAGCAGUAGGAGCAGAGAUCUCCUGGACCUGGUGGUUGAUCGCCUGGUGGAUCAUCUCAGAAGAUCAGCUGCUUUUACCCCUGUACAUUUAGCACAGAUGUGGGGAGCUUUAACUCUCCGUGUUUGUGUGUGUGUGUGUGUGUGUGUGAUCACUUCAUUUGGUCCUGAGAUUAACCACAGCAUGCUCCUGUAGUGUGUGUGUUUGUGUCUCACUGUUCCACACACUUAUUUUUCUAUUAUUUGCUUGAUGUUAUUGUUUAGCUUAGCACUUAUCAUUAGCCUAGUUAGCUUUGAUGUAAUCAUGAAACUUAACACGUAAACACUUCAGCUGGAAAAUAGAGACACAACUACUACGACUUUUUUAAUGAUGAGUUAGUGUUUAUUUCUGCUAGUUUAACCCUUCACUCGCCACGAUCUGAUGUUUCGUCUCGUACUUCUGCUGAUCAGAUAUCUCUGAGGAUCCAAUCAGACACACUUAUUUUACAACACCUUUAUUUUAAUCAGCAUAAAGUGCAACAAGCAGCUUUGAAAUUCACACACACACUGUAUUUGUUUUUAAAACUGUAAAAGGCAAAUAAACUGAUUUUUAUAUUGUUAAA